AGGCUCGGCGCGGGAGGCUGCUGUAAACCUGACCGAGUCUACGGUCCGCCACGAAUCCUGUCAGCUGGGGCGUCGGUGUUCCCGAAGUCCAGUGGGGGUUCUUGGACGGCCAGUGCCGCAUCCUAACCCGGAACGCCGCGGAGAUGGCGGCGAAGCCUCAGGAAGAGCGCUUUGGGCCGUGCCCUUCCCGACCAGAAAAACCCUGACCCCAGCGCUUCCCGAGGGAAGGAGCCCCGAUUUAUGUUUACGAAUCUAUCCCUGAGUUUCCAAAGGAUAUUUGUAAGCGAUGCAGUUCUCAAGCCAAACAAGAAUCCUAAACCAGGGCUGCGCCAACUAAGCAUAUGACCUUAGGUAUGCAAAGAAGCCUUUUCAACCAGAUGUCCUUAUCGAUAAUAUGGAUCAGUCCGGAGUUCUCCUCUGGGUAAAAGCAGAACCCUUUAUAGUGGGUGCCUUGCAGGUCCCCCCGCCAUCCAAGUUCAGUCUUCACUAUCUCAGGAAGAUAUCUACUUACGUGCGAACCCGGGCCACAGAGGGAGCUUACCCACGCCUGUACUGGUCUACAUGGAGGCACAUUGCAUGUGGGAAGCUCCAGUUGGCCAAGGAUCUAGCAUGGCUUUACUUUGAAAUAUUUGAUAGUCUUUCAUUGAGGACACCUGAGGAGCGCCUGGAAUGGUCUGAGAUUUUGUCAAACUGCAUGUCCGAAGAUGAAGUAGAAAAACAGAGAAAUCAGCUUUCAGUGGAUACCCUACAGUUUCUGCUCUUCUUAUAUAUACAGCAACUAAACAAGGUUUCCCUGAGGACAUCUUUGAUUGGAGAUGAGUGGCCUAGUCCCAGAAACAGAUCUCAGUCUCCUGACCUGACUGAAAAAUCCAAUUGUCAUUUUAAGAACUGGAAUGAUUAUAGUCACCAGGCUUUUGUCUGUGAUCAUCUGUCAGAUCUCCUUGAACUGCUUUUAGAUCCAGAGCAACUCACUGCAUCAUUUCAUUCGACCCACAGUAGUCUAGUCUCUCAAGAAGCUGUUGUAGCCCUUAGCUUUCUUAUUGAAGGCACAGCAAGUAGAGCCAGGAAGGUCUGUCCACUUCAUGAACUUGCACUGUGGCAACCACUCCAUGCAGAAAGUGGCUUCUCAAAAAUUUCUAAGACUUUCUCUUUCUACAAGCUGGAAGCCUGGUUGAGAGCCUGUUUGACUGGGAACCCUUUUGGUACAUCUGCUUGUCUCAAGUCUGGAAAGAAAUUGGCUUGGGCUCACCAAGUUGAAGGUAUGACCAAAAGAGCUAAGAUAGCUUGCAAUACUCAUGUGGCCCCUCGAAUGCACCGCAUGGUGGUGAUGAGCCACGUUUAUAAGCAGACACUGGCCAAGAGCUCAGAUACCCUGGUGGGAGCACAUGUCAGGAUUCAUCGUUGCAACGAAUCUUUUAUAUAUUUGCUCUCUCCCUUACGAUCUGUGACAAUUGAGAAGUGCAGCAAUAGCACCUUUGUCUUAGGCCCUGUAGAGACUGCUCUUCACCUCCACAGCUGUGACAACGUUAAAGUCAUUGCUGUUUGCCAUCGUUUGUCCAUCUCUUCUACAACAGGUUGCAUCUUUCACAUUCUGACACCUUCACGUCCACUUAUUCUCUCUGGGAACCAGAGAGUAACUUUUGCUCCCUUUCAUACCCACUACCCAAUGCUAGAGGACCAUAUGGCCAGGACUGGUCUUGCUACAGUGCCUAACUAUUGGGAUAAUCCAAUGGUUGUGUGCAGAGAGAACAGCAACAGUGUCUUCCGACUCUUACCACCUUGUGAAUUCUAUGUAUUUAUUAUUCCCUUUGAAAUGGAAGGGGACACAACAGAGAUACCUGGGGGUCUUCCAUCUUCAUAUCAGAAAGCACUGGCUCAAAGAGAACAGAAGAUACAGGUCUGGCAGAAAACUGUGAAGGAGGCUCGUUUGACAAAGGAACAAAGGAAGCAGUUCCAGGUACUUGUGGAGAACAAGUUUUAUGAAUGGUUGAUUAAUACAGGUCAUCGCCAACAGCUGGACACUCUUGUACCCCCUGCAGCAGGCUCCAAACAAGCAGCAGGAUAGGACAUCUACAUCAUAUCGCUGGGCUUGGGAAACAUGAGGAUCAAUGGAGGAUGAGCCCAUCUUGAAACCAUAUUGGGAAGGCAUUCUUGCUGCUUAUGAGACUUUGGGGCCUGGAGAUGUGGC